UAACGUUCUUACUCAGUAUUUUUUUUCUUGUAAAACUUUGAUCUUAGAAUUGUGCUUUACCUUCCUAUUGCAAACUAUUUGUGGUCUUCGCCUGAAGUGUUCAUAUAAAGAAUAUGUGCCAAAGGAAUAAUUUCUGGGGUUAUAAUUGUUCUUAUUUUUCAUGAUUAUUACAUGCAGGGCAGAGCAUUUGAAAAAUGCUUCUACAUAAAAAUAAAUUACUUAUUCAGUGCUUUCAAAUCUCUGCAGCUGAUCAGAAAGCUACAGGAAGAAAAGAAUGUAGUUCUUUUGGCACAGCCAUGAGUUUCAAAUGUCAGGAUGUGGCAUUUCUGUGUGUGAAGAGAAAGGUUUUUCAUAGUUAGCUGCACUGAACAGGCUUGAAAAGUACUCGCAGUCCACUAUCAGCAGCAUUUCACUCCAGAGGGAUUCUAAUAAUAGUUCUGUUUUUGUUUUUUUUCCUGACAAGAUUUACUUAAAAUCAUAUCUAUUCUUGAUGAUUGGGUUUCAAUGUGUCCUGCUUUAACAGAACUGAAAAUGUGAGUCUAAUAUCUAUCACGAGCCAAUUCUUGCAUUGAAGAACUGACAAAAGCAGAUUGUGUUCAACUAUUAAUGCAUAGCUAUGGAGUCUCUCGCAGUUGUUAGUAGAGGUUUCCAGUGUAUUUACCAUAUCCCUGCAGUUUAAUAUUGUGGUAGUGCUCAGAAACCCCUUCAGUACUGAAGUGUACUGGAUGUCGCUCUGAAAUUUCCUGUAAUGCAAUACUAUGGGGUAAAAAUAUGAUGUUGGUUCAGUGCAAGGGAAACAGUAAAAGCUACAGUGUCUAGAGUGGUGCCACAUUCUUGCCCUGCUUGGUGAGGAUGAGAUAUAAUAUGUGAGACAGACAUGCAAGAAGAUUGUUUAUUUUGGGUCAGAUUCAGUCAUUCAUGCAAGUCAAGGAAGUUUAAUUGAAGCAAGGUUGGCUGGAAUUCAAACUCUGCAGCAGCUGAGCUCCUUGUAAAGGUUGCUGAAUUUUCAGCGCUGUGGAAAGGACUGUGCCUUUAUUCCUUGCACUUUGCAGACAUUCAUGGAUUUUCAGACUUCUUGGAGGUAUUCCUACGAUCAAGGAUUUUGUUGUUUUAUAUUUCUAACUUCCUGGGCUUACUAGUUAUGGUUCAAUAAUGAUUGGAAUGCUGCUUGUCACAUCAGCUAUUUCUGCCUAUCUACAGCUACUGAUGGUGACUGUAUCCCAAGUUGUGGUGCUUGCUAUGUUCGCCUUCAGCUUUUCCUGCAAACUAUGAGAUUUUAACCAGCUCGGAUCCAUUCCAAACUAGGACCACAUUUGUUUUAUAUUUUUAAAAAAAUGGCCCGCCACUUGCGAUUGCAUUUUGCGACCAGGAGGAGCAACACGGACCCACUGUCUGAAGCUUCGGGGGAGAGCUUGGAGAGUAACAUUUGUAUGACAGUUGAGACUCUAUCAAGAAAGAAUGUUAAUCAAUUGACUACGCCUGAGCCUGUAGUGAUGCCAACAGUAUCACAGGCUGAAUGCAUACUGCAACGUAGCUCUUCAUUGUUCAUACCGCAGGUUAGUAAUAAUGAUCAACUGCGCAGAAAGAGUUCCACUUUGCAGAUAUCACUACAGUCCAAACAGUCGAGUAGGCACGGUGAGUCUGGUAACAGUGUCAGCUGUGAACGCGCUUUGUGUAGCACCAAUAUACCUUUUCACCAACAACUCUUAGAUCAUACGGUGGUGCCUGCCAAAACAUCAGCAAAGUUGAGGAAAUCAAAGGUGCCACUGAGGCGCUGCUCAUCACUGGUGAUAUUUCCUCAGAGUCCUUGCAACACUCCUCCAGCCACACUGACCAGCCCAGAUCCUUUUGCAGGUCGAAGUGGCAAUUCCACACUAAGUAGAUUUCUUCCUUGCUCCCAAGAACCAAUUCAAAGUGAAGAUCGGAUUGUUUCAAAAUCCAAAGAAGCAAGUACCUGUUGUGUUGCAACAGCAGUUAAUGGGCUGCGACUGUCGAAUCCAACCUAUUCUAGUGAAGUUAGAGACAUUAAACCACUUUACUGCAACGGGCAUCAGUCUGGUAAAAGUCGAGCACUAGAUUGUGGUGAAGAAGAUUCUGAGUGCCAGGGAAAAGUGAAGAAACUGCACAGACCUUUGAAUCACAUUCUGCAUUUGAAUUGCCAAAAAGCUCUUGUAUUGGGAACAGAGACCAAGGAAGGACAGAUAUACCAUGAAUCAUUUGUAAAGGAAUUUAAACAGAGCUCUUUAAAUACUGGGUGUACACGAUAUCAAGAUAUCAAAUUAAUAAGGAGCACGUCAGUAUGUUUGCCUUCAUUCAAACACUCGGAGUGCCAAAUAAAUGAUAAUGGAGUUAUCGAGGGGGAAAAUGUACAUGGACAAAGCAGACGCCCCAUCUUUCAAAGAAGCCACUCACUUGAGGUUCCCUGCCAGAUGGUCUCUAGUAAUCACUUGAGACUGAGACAUUACUGUUCAAAAGUUGUGAACCCUCAACUACAAAUCCAUGUAGCCCCGAGACCAGAACACAAAAUCUUUGUUUCAGAGGAGAAAAUAACUGGAAGCUGCAACAAGGAACCCAAUGCAAAUGUUUGGGGACAAGAGUAUAAGGUAAGCUAAUUCAAUAAGUUGGUCAAAGAAAUUAUAAUGUCAGGCUUACAAAAGUGCAGGUUAUGCUAGAGUAUGUAAAUGUGUCUCAAAGACAAAUUUUAAAAUAGAAGAAAAGUAUUCUGUUUUUCUUACUACUUUUCAUAUCAUUAUGUGGGUAGUGUUUAUUUGUAUUAUUUUGAGCUGUUUGUGGAGAGUGGCAAAUGUAGGUGGUUCUGAAAUUAAAAUCAUCAAACUAUUUAGUUCAAUAAUAUUAACAUUUAUCAUAAUGAUGAUAGACUCUAGUCUUGUAUUGAUUUGUUGUAAUGGUGUCAGUAUUCUGGUUAUAUUUGUUGACGUAGACUGUAUGGAUGUUAAAAGAAUUGUCAAAGCACAUUGUCCAUUGUAUAGAUAUUCUAAUUUAAAAUAGUCUUUAGGCC